AUGGCAAACGUAGAGAAACUCAAGGAGAAGUUACGGGAGCACCGAUUUCACGUAAUAUCAGCGGCCGCCUGCGGCGUGGUCGUGUUCUACAUCCUCCGGCUGGGUCCAAGCUUCCUCACCGUCGUCUCCUUCUUCCGGCCUCUCCUGCUCUCCACGUCUGCCUUCCUCGCCGCCGUUCUGGUCCUCCGCCUCAUUUCCCCCCCCCCGGCAGUGGUCCUGAGGGAACAGACCGGAGAGGGGCUCAUGGAUUACGUCGCCGGCCAUCCGGGCCGAUGA